AUGAAGAUGAAAUCAUCUCUUAUACAAUUCUUCAUCAUCUCUCUACUCCUCUCAUCUUCUUUGUUCAUGCUUUCAAAAGCCUCACCAUGCGACGGAAAAUGCAACACGAGAUGUUCAAAGGCAGGAAGACAAGAUCGGUGUCUCAAGUAUUGCAAUAUAUGUUGCGAGAAGUGUAACUAUUGUGUUCCCUCAGGCACAUAUGGAAACAAAGAUGAAUGUCCUUGUUACCGCGAUCUGAAGAACUCCAAAGGCCAACCUAAAUGUCCUUGA